UCUGUCAAAAUUCGUUUCCGGGUCGAAAAAACGUAAACAACCAAGAAUAAAGAUGUUAGCAAGAUUUUUUCAAAAGAAAGACAAACAGAGUGAGAAAGAUCCUGUUGAGGAAUACUGUAAGGCUGGAGGUAGCAAGGAAGAUAUUGUUAUAUUCAAUGCUCAAGAAGUGACAGAUUUUAGCUCGCAGUAUGGUAGUGGGACAAGUAUAUCUUAUGCUGCUUGUAACCUUGCAGGCAGAGGAAAUAUCUACCCAUCAUAUGGAGACUUCACACAAGCUUGUGUUUUUAGGACGUAUGGUCCAUGGUGGGAUAUUUCCCCAUCAAAAACUGAACCUUUCAAGAGGACUCCACCAUCCUUCUGCAGUCAGGAUUACAUAGAGUUGGCAUUUCAAAAAAAGGUUUAUCCACUUAAGCUGGAAAUAUAUGAAACCUAUAAUCCUGGCUGUGUUGUGAAGAUUCUAGCCUGUGAGAGGUCAGAGGACACUGAUGUUGACACUGGACAUAGUCUGACAAGAUGGAAAACACUGUGGGAGGGAGAACCCACUCUGCCUGGCCCUACCUCCAGAAUGUUCUGCCCUCCACUAGCAAGGUGUCCAUUCCCAACAGAUUUGAUUCGACUGGAACUGUGUCACAAGUUGGUGCAUUACUACACAGAGCUUGACUAUGUUGUGUUAUAUGGAACUGCCUCUCCAGAGGAGGAGGAAGAAAAGUCAAUGGUCAAUACUCAGUGUAUGGUCUCAGACAAAAAAGGAAAUCACAUGACUGAAGUUUCCAUGGCGAUGAAAAAAUUAGAACAGUUAUCUAUUGGAUCUAAAUCGGGCUCUCCAACCAAAUCAGAUACCUUAUCAAGUAGACAGGAACAUAAAACUGAUAAAAGUAAGGAAGCUGUGCUGGAUAACUUUGAAAAUAGUGAUAUAGAAAAGGGAAGUGAAUGUUAUGAGUUGGGGGAAGUAAAUCGACAGAUGAGUGAAGAGGAAGUGACAGAAUCAGACAAUGGAUAUUUUGAUUUAUUACCUGAAGAGGUAAUACAACAGAUCUUGAGUUUCCUAGAUGUUUUAUCUCUGUGCAGAGUAGCCAGGACUUCUAGGUUAUUGUACAAACAUAGCUAUGACUCACUGCAGUACACAGAAUUAAAUUUACAACCUCACUGGCCUCAGGUAAAUGAUGUUGCUCUAGAAAGUCUUCAUAACAGAAGUAGAUUUUUACAAAGACUUAAUCUGUCCUGGUGCCAUGGGAACAUUGUAUCAGAGGCUGCCUUCUGUAGAUAUGUUCAGGCCUGUGGUCAGAAUUUACGAGACUUGUACCUGUCUUCAUGCAGUUUUGUCACACAGUAUUCAAUACAUGAAAUAGCCAAAAGUUGUCCUAAUCUGGAAGAGCUGGAUAUAGGAAGUUGUAAAGGGAUUGAUAGUGAUGGGUUCUAUGACAUAUCAAGCUUGCAGUCUCUGAAGAGAUUAAACCUGUACAGAACAAAUAUAGAUCAAUAUGCAUUACUGAGCAUAAUCAGGUCCUGUUCUGGACUGAAGCACCUGAAUUUAGGUUCCACUGACUGUGUGCAUGCUUUUGAUGAAGUCCUGUUAGCACUUGGCAAUAACACAAAGAAAUUGGUUAGUCUUGACCUUUGGAGAUGUAGGACUGUGUCAAAUGUUGGUGUGUCUGCACUAGCCAAUGGUUGUCCAGACCUUCAAGAACUUGAUAUAGGAUGGUGUGCUGAUGUGAAGUCUUCCAGUAUGUGUCUUAUAGAGCUAGUGAGGAACUGUACACAACUGAAGAAAUUGUUCCUAACUGCUAAUAGAACAGUGUGUGAUGCUGACCUGCUGGCGAUUGCGCAAUACAGCAAGGAUAUGGAGCAAAUAGAUAUUCUCGGUACACGACAAGUCACAGCUGAUGCUGCUAAAAAGGUGCUAGAAAGCUGUGAGAAGUUGAUAUUUUUUGAUGUAUCAUUCUGCUCAGGAAUUGACAACUACACAGUGGAACAUUGGACGAGAGAAUUCCCACGUGUUGCAAUAAAAAAAAGUUUCCAGAAUUAGAGAAAAGACCUAAAACUGCCCAAAAGUUGUUAUAACUACCAUGAAGAAAUUUCUGGAUUGGAACACCUACUGCUAAAAAUAGAAACAUCUGUGUGGAGUUCAGAAGUGACUGCCUACAGAUUUUUGUGUUAUAUCAUUAUUUCUCCGAAGUACAGUGCAGACUCUCUCAAGGACAUCUCUGAGAAGUAGAAAACUCCCUUCAAUGACAGAUAAUUUCUUUCCGGUUUGGCUAAAUUCCUAGUAAAUUAACCUCACAAGAGUAACAACUGUUCUGCAACAAACUUUAGUCUUAAUAGUGUUGAUCAGACCAAAGAGGCUGCAGACUUUUAGCAGAUAUGAAGAUACCCAAUGUUUGACCUUGAACUAAAAAUGAGUAAAUUUUAGUCAUUACAUAUCAGUUCAUCUUCUCGCAUUAAGAAAUGAAAUGAAACAUAUUCUGUUUGUUAUGCAAGAGAGGUUACAACUGCAAUACUUGUAUACGUACAUGUAGUACUAUUAGUUACACUGCUUGUUGGUGACAGGAUAUGGGAUAUACGCUGUCUCGAAAACUCAUAGCUCUCGCCUGAUAUGGAUUUUCGAGACAGCGUAUAUCCCAUAUCCUGUCACCAACAAGCUGUGUAAUGAUUUUAUCUUGCCGACUACCCUUUACUUACACGCUAUUAUCUAAUAUUUUGUAAAUUAACAAAGCGGCAGCCAUUUUUUUUUUAAAUCAAAAUUCAUAUCUGAAAUGUAAUAGCAGGAUAUGGAAUAUAUCCUGUCUCCACGUGACGUCUGUUGACCAAUAGAAAUGCAAGAAACUUGUAGGAGGCAAGAUAAAUCCCUAUAUUGAGAGACAGCUCAAUAUUUUCCUAUAAAUUUAGCAAAUCAUUCACUGCAGGUUAUUCAACACAUUUAAAGGUAGAUUUGAUUUUACAUGUACAUUUGAAUGUAAACGUCUAUAUUAAAAUAAUUAUGUAAAUAAAUUCAGAUGUCAUGAAUUUUAUAUUCUCAGUUGCUUAUUGAAAUAAAGAAGGUAAAGUCACAGGUACGCAUUAUAUUUACAAGUGUGAAAUUGUAACCCUUGUGUUAUUUGAUAGUACUCAUUUAUUGAAAUAUUUUGUUUUGCUGUUAAUGAUACUUUAAGACCUUUUUUGUACUUUCAAUACCAUAAUAGAUAUACUUUUUACUUUAUGUUUAUUCCUUGUUGUAAAUUUUCAUUUAUGCGAUGUUUUAUUCCUAUUUUGUCUGCAAUAUUUAUAGGCAGUUAUUGUAUGUAUAUGAAAUUAAUAGUUUGCAUAAUUUUAUAUCAGGAAAUUUGGUUCCAAGCAUUUCUCUGUGAUAUAUAUUGAUUAGGAACUUUGUGUGCAUGUGCCAUAGAAAUAUGUAACUCUUUAAGUAUGGUAAAAGAAACUUAGCAAAAAUAUAAAACUGUUUACUACACUAAAAGAACUGUGCUGAAGUCUUAAAUAUCUUAAAGGAUGCUUACUGGACCUAAGGUUAUAAAAAUGAAUUUGGAGACCAGUCUGAAAUCCUGAGUAUCUGAUUGGUUGAAUUUGUUCUCAAACUUGAGUUGUCCAAUGGCAGGGUAGCAUAAUGACACUUGUGCCUGCUCCACCCACCCAGUUUUUUAGCUCACCUGUCACAAAGUGACAAGGUGAGCUUUUGUGAUCGCGUGGCGUCCGUCGUCCGUCCGUGCGUGCGUGCGUGCGUGCGUGCGUAAACUUUUGCUUGUGACCACUCUAGAGGUCACAUUUUUCAUGGGAUCUUUAUGAAAGUUGGUCAGAAUGUUCAUCUUGAUGAUAUCUAGGUCAAGUUCGAAACUGGGUCACGUGCGGUCAAAAACUAGGUCAGUAGGUCUAAAAAUAGAAAAACCUUGUGACCUCUCUAGAGGCCAUAUUUUUCAUGAGAUCUUCAUGAAAAUUGGUCAGAAUGUUCACCUUGAUGAUAUCUAGGUCAAGUUCGAAACUGGGUCACGUGCGGUCAAAAAUUAGGUCAGUAGGUCUAAAAAUAGAAAAACCUUGUGACCUCUCUAGAGGCCAUAUUUCUCAAUGGAUCUUCAUGAAAAUUGGUCAGAAUGUUCACCUUGAUGAUAUCUAGGUCAAGUUCGAAACUGGGUCAGUGGGGUCAAAAACUAGGUCAGUAGGUCUAAAAAUAGAAAAACCUUGUGAUCUCUUAAGAGGCCUUAUUUCUCAAUGGAUCUUCAUGAAAAUUGGUCAGAAUGUUCACCUUGAUGAUAUCUAGGUCAAGUUCGAAACUGGGUCACGUGCGGUCAAAAACUAGGUCAGUAGGUCUAAAAAUAGAAAAGCCUUGUGACCUCUCUAGAGGCCAUAUUUCUCAAUGGAUCUUGAUGAAAAAUGGUGAGAAUGUUCACCUAGAUUAUAUCUAGGUCAGGUUUGAAACUGGGUUACGUGCGGUCAAAAACUAGGUCAGUAGGUCUAAAAAUAGAAAAACCUUGUGACAUCUCUAGAGGCCAUGUUUCUCAAUGGAUCUUCAUGAAAAUUGAUCAGAAUGUUCCUCUUGAUGAUAUCUAGGUCAAGUUCGAAACUGGGUCACGUGCGGUCAAAAAUUAGGUCAGUAGGUCGAAAAAUAGAAAAACCUUGUGACCUCUCUAGAGGCCAUAUUUUUCAUGAGAUCUUCAUGAUAAUUGGUGAGAAUGUUCACCUUGAUGAUAUCUAGGUCAGAUUCAGAAGUGGGUCACGUGCCUUCAAAAACUAGGUCAUUAGGUCAAAUAAUAGAAAAACCUUGUUACCUCUCUAGAGGUCAUAUUUUUCAAUGGAUCUUCAUGAAAAUUGGUCAGAAUUUUUUAAUCUUGAUGAUAUCUAGGUCACAUGUGCUCAAAAACUAGGUCACUAUGUCAAAUAAUAGAAAUAACGACGUCUUACUCAGUUCAACACUAGGUCAUGUGGGGAUAGGUGAGCGAUUCAGGACCAUCAUGGUCCUCUUGUUUUAUGGGGAGGGGGGCCAAUGUUUUGGUGGGGAGGGAGGCACUUAGAUUUGCUCUUGUUGGUACGUCUGUCAGUUUGAAUUUGUGUUUUGCAUAUCUCAAAAAGUAUCUAAACCUAUAGUCAUCGAACUUUAUGAAGUUGUGCACCUGAUAGUUUUUGCUAUAUAGAGGAUGGCACAGUAUGUGAGGGCAUCCGUGUCCUAUGGACACAAUUUCUAGUUUAAAAUUAUGCCCCUUUUUAUCACUAGAUUUACUUGAACAGAUGUUUUCAGAUUCUCCAAACCUCUUUGGCAUCAUGUGAUAACCUCACUUGGCAAGUUUUCAACUUAAAAAAUGUUGUUCAAGAUUUUAUGUAAGCUAGUACUAGGUGGAAGGGCUUCAAAUAGUCGGAUGUGCUGUCAUUAGACAGCUCUUGUUUUUUUUCAGAGAUAUACUCUCUGACUCUCUGACCUGAUCUUGCACUAGAUCUGGUGUGUCUGUGCCAAUUAGGAUUAUUAUCACCGAAGGAAUUAAUAGAAAAAAUAGUCCCACUCCUGAGAUUUGUUCUUGCAUUGUCUAUUUAAUUGCAAGCCUUCAAAAACAGAUGAAAAUAUGGAGAUACUGAACAAAAAUUAAUGUAAAAUAUUUAUUUUUGAAAUUAACAUAUUGAUGUGGGUAUUCAUUUUCUUCAUUAGAUCAUUUUCUUUGUAUCAAAAGUUUUGAAAAGAAAUUGAAGAAAAUGUAAUUUGCAUUUUUUGCCCUUCCAUAUUGGCAUAUUGAACACAGGACCUUGGGCAUAUAGUUCUGACUUUUGACCAGUAAGCCAUUCAAUAAUUGUGUUAUAUUGUAUGAUACUGUAAUAAUUAUAAGUAUGUCCCUGCUGAUUGAACAGAUUACUUUUAAAAUGUAAAUGGUUUGCUCAGAAUACCUAAAUACAGGGUGUUUUCUAUCAUAGCAGGGAAGCUUUGAGAGACAUUUUAAGUUUCUACAUUUUUGUAAUUUUAAGUAUACUUCUGGUGCAUUUAUACACUUGGUUGCUGCAUAGAAAUGUGAUUUUAAAAAUUACUUUAAGUCUGACUUUAAGAGCCUUAAUGUUUUAUGGAACAAAAACAGCAUUUUAAUCAAGAUACCGUAUUUACCCGUCUAUAAGAUAUUCUUUCUGAAAGACAGGAUCCUGUAAUUACUUCAAUAUGGCAGAAUUUUGCUUACUCUCUCAUAAAUAUUUUAGGUCAAUGAAAUUGACUCACUUAUUAGACUAGGUUACAAAUUAAGUCUGAAUUUUAAGGAGAAAAACCUUAUCUUAUAGGUGAGUAAAUAUGAUAGGAUCCUAAAAUUAUUAAAGUGGUUUGGUUAUGUUUAUGCUAAAAUAUUUUUUAAUGGAUAUAAAAAUGGUAUGUUUAUUCAAAUAUCGAUUUUGAGAAGUAACAUGAUGAAAGUUUUAGCAGUUUGGUAAUUUUUAUGUGAAAACAGAUUUUACAUUAGGGCAUUACAGUUUUAGUCAAAUAUCUUGAUACUUUUUCCUUGAUAUAAUAUAUUUCUUUUAUGAUCUUAGAUUAAAGUCACUUAUGGCCAUUAUUUAGAAAUAAAAUUGUUAGGUUUAAAACACACAUAGUUGAAUCUCCACAGAUAGUUAUAUCUCCAUACUUAGUUGUAUCUUUACACAUAGCCAUCUCCACUUUGUUUGAAAACAGUAUUCUAAUGUUGCAGAAACAUAUAUAUUAUGUGUAAUAUAUUUUGUUAUUCAGAGAUAUAUACUGGUGGAAGAGUUUAUGGAAAAUUAAAGGGAUAUACAUCUGGAAUAGAGGAUAAAAUACUUAAAUCCUUCUACUGUUAAUAGUAACAAUAUUUCUCACAUUUUGUUCAUGAUAUAGAGUUACAAAAAGUAAUUUCUUACUUUGACUUCGUGUUUGCACAAUUUUUAUAAUCCAGCUAACCUGAACUUAGGGUAGUUUUGACAGCCAGAGAUUGAGAAAUUAUUAGUCAUUUUAGAAAACUAUUCAGCUUUCUUCCCUCCUUACACAUAUCAGUAUUAUUUAUAAUUGCAGAGGAGAAGGGACCAAAUGCAAGUCAAAAUUACAAGCUAUCAUUUUGGUCAAAUGGCUUUUUUGGUUUUCAAAUUAAAAAGAUGACAUUUUUUCAAAUGUUCAUGCUCAUGCUCAGAUGAACAUCAGAUUGUGUUGUUUGAGGUAUGGAGUCUUCUGCCAGUACUUUUCUGAGGGGCCUGACAUUGGCGGUCACCAGGGUAGAACCACUGACCUCCCAUAAGUCAGCUGAAUGGUUUACUCACAUAAAAGAAUUCCACACCCAAAGUGAGGUUUCAAGCCCACAAUGGAGAGGGGCAAGUGAUUCUAAGUGAUUGACCCUAACCACUCAGUCAUGGUGGCUCCUGUACCAGUUCUUGAACUUUGUCUUGUGGCAUUAUCAGUUUUUGACCUGCUUCUUUGAAUAACAGUUCUUUACCUUAUGAUUGUUUACAGUCAUUGUAAUUCUGAAGUACAAUGUUUUUUUCCACAUCUGUUAAUUUGAUUGUCAAUCUGUUAUUAUCAAGGUUCAUACAGUGUUUCCCCCCCCCCCCCCCCCCCCUGAAAACUGUGAAAGUCUUGAAACAGAAUGUUGGAGACGAAGUUAUGUAAAAAGAGGCAUCUAAAGUUUGAAUAAAUCCUAUAGCAAAAAUUUCUAGUUCUAUCAUUUUCAGGUCAAAGCUUUCGAAGCUUAAAACUUUGGGGAAAACAGUUAUAUGAAAUGUCUCAUUUUUUAUUGAUAAAUAAGAUGAUAUUUGUCUGCUAGCACUGAAUUGCUGUUAAACUAACUGGCUUGAAAUAUUUGCAGGUGAUAUUGUGAUAUUGUUCUAGAAAGACAUCACAGAAGACAGCAUAGAAAGGUUUAUACUUAACAGAAGAAACAUUCACAUUUCCACAGUAUAUAUAUAUAGAUAUUUAAGCGGUAUAUUUUAGCUUUGAAUUUUUUUAAGUUUUCAAAUAGUAGAACUUUUGUUGCCAAACUUUCAUCAACAUCAAUGUCAAAAACGUUUUGCUUGUAUGCAGGUUUCUCUUCAACUACUUGGCCAUCUGCUUUCAAACUUCACACAUUUCUAUGUCAUCUUGGGUUGACCUGACCAGGCAAGUUAUAUAAAUCGAGCUUUUAUUUUGUCAAAAUUAUGCCCCUUUAUAAUUUAGAAAUUGUGGUUAGAGUUUUGCAUGUAAGCAGGUUGCUCACAAACUACGAGGUCAAAUGCUUUCAAAUCUCACACAUGAGACAACCUCACAUGGCAAGGUAUAUAACUCUAGCUUUUGAUCUGAUAAAAAAUUUGUCUCAUUUUUAGCUCAUCUGAUUUUUUGAAAAAAAAUGAUGAGUUAUUGUCAUCACUUGAGCGGUUGUCGGCGUCGGCGUCGGCGUCUGCGUCGGCGUUGCCUGGUUAAGUUUUAUGUUUAGGUCAGCUUUUCUCCUAAACUAUCAAAGCUAUUGCUUUGAAACUUGGAAUACUUGUUCACCAUCAUAAGCUGACCCUGUAUAGCAAGAAACAUAACUCCAUCUUGCUUUUUGCAAGAUUUAUGGCCCCUUUUGUACUUAGAAAAUAUCAGAUUUCUUGGUUAAGUUUUAUGUUUAGGUCAAUUUUUCUCCUAAACUAUCAAAGCUAUUGCUUUGAAACUUGGAAUACUUGUUCACCAUCAUAAGCAGACCCUGUACAUCAAGAAACAUAACUCCAUCUUGCUUUUUGCAAGAAUUAUUGCCCCUUUUGGACUUAGAAAAUCAGUUUUCUUGGUUAAGUUUUAUGUUUAGGUCAGCUUUAAUCCUAAACUAUCAAAGCUAUUGCUUUAAAACUUGCAACACUUGGUCACCAUCAUAGGCUGACCCUGUACAGCAAGAAACAUAACUCCAUCCUGCUUUUUGCAAGAUUUAUGGCCCCUUUUGGACUUAGAAAAUAUCAGAUUUCUUGGUUAAGUUUUAUGUUUAGGUAAACUUUUUCUCUUAAACUAUCAAAGCUAUUGCUUUGAAACUUGUAACACUUGUUCACCAUCAUAAGCUGACCCUGUACAGCAAGCAACAUAACUCCAUCCUGCUUUUUGCAAUAAUUAUUGCCCCUUUUGGACUUAGAAAAAUCAUUUUCUUGGUUGAAUAUUAUGUUUAAGUCAACUUUUCUCAUAAACUAUCAAAGCUAUUGCUUUAAAACUUGCAACAGUUUUUCACCAUCAUAAGUGGACACUGUACAUCAAGAAACAUAACUCUAUCCUGCUUUUUGCAAGAAUGAUGGCCCUUUUUAGACUUAGAAAAUCAUGGGUAGGACAAUAUUUCUAUUAUACAAAAAAAAUCAGAUGAGCGUCAGCACCCGCAAGGCGGUGCUCUUGUUAAAUAAAGAAUUUUUGUGGAAGUUUUGCAUGCAAGCAUGUUUCUCAGGAACUACUUGACCAACUGUGUUCAGUGUCUAUACACAUCUUGCAAUAUGAGAUAGCUUCACAUGGCAAGUUUCGUAACUCUGGCUUACAAUUUGGCAAAGUUAUGCCUUUUUUUUUUUUAACUUAGAAAAUUUUGCUGAAGCUUUUGUAUGUAAGCAAGUAUUAGGUGGAAGGAGUACAUGUUCAUGACAUGAUCAUAGUUCAACAAUAUAUAUAGAAAUGUACAUGUUCAUACACAUGUAUUUCUAUUGAGGAAACAUAUUUUCCUGUAUGUGAAUAUUGAUUAUUAUUUUGUUACCGCAUGUAUUGGUGAUAUUAGCAUAUUGUUAUCACAGUUGUGAGGUUAUGAGCCAACAUUGUUACGUGUUAUGGUGAUAUAAUAUGUGAAAAUAAACUUGUUACCUAUGUUUA